AUGAGCGUCAAGACGGUCGAGUUCAAGUCCUUCACCGACCAGAAGCCUGGAACUUCUGGUCUUCGGAAGAAGGUCAAGGUUUUCCAGCAGCCGCACUACAGUGAAUCCUUUGUCACGAGCAUUCUGCUGUCUAUCCCAGAGGGCGUUGAGGGAUCGUUCCUCGUCAUCGGCGGUGAUGGCCGCUACUGGAACCCCGAAGUCGUCCAGUUGAUUGCCAAGAUCGGAGCUGCCUAUGGCGUCAAGAAGCUGUUGAUCGGCAAGGACGGUAUUCUGUCGACACCCGCUGCCAGCCAUGUCAUCCGAAAGCGAAAGGCGACUGGCGGUAUCCUCCUGACUGCCAGCCACAACCCUGGCGGCCCCAACGAGGACUUCGGUAUCAAGUACAACUUGGCCAACGGUGGCCCUGCCCCCGAGAGCGUAACCAACAAGAUCUACGACGCUUCCAAGACCCUCACGUCCUACAAGAUUGCCGACAUCCCUGAUGUGGAUCUCUCGGCCAUCGGCACCAAGACCUACGGAAACCUCGAGGUCGAGAUCAUUGACAGCGUAGCGGAUUACACCCAGAUGCUGAAGGAUAUCUUUGACUUCCCCUUGAUCAAGAAGUUCUUCUCCAACAACCCCGACUUCAAGGUCCUCUUCGACGGACUCCACGGUGUCACGGGCCCCUAUGGAAAGGCAAUCUUUGAGCAAGAGCUCGGUCUGGCCAACUCGACCCAGAACUGCAUCCCUGCCCCUGACUUCAACGGCGGACACCCCGACCCCAACCUUGUCUAUGCCCACUCCCUGGUAGAGAGGGUUGACAAGGAGAACAUCCCCUUUGGCGCCGCCUCGGACGGUGAUGGAGACCGCAACAUGAUAUACGGCGCUGGUGCCUUCGUGUCACCCGGUGACAGUCUGGCCAUCAUUGCACACCACGCUCAGUUGAUCCCGUACUUCAAGAAGCAAGGUGUCUACGGCCUUGCCCGCAGCAUGCCUACCUCUGGUGCGGUAGACCUCGUUGCCAAGGCCCAAGGCCUGAACUCCUACGAGGUCCCCACUGGGUGGAAGUUCUUCUGCGCCCUCUUUGAUGCGGACAAGCUCAGUAUCUGCGGUGAGGAGAGUUUCGGAACUGGCAGCAACCACGUCCGUGAAAAGGAUGGUCUCUGGGCUGUCGUUGCGUGGUUGAACAUCAUCGCCGGCCUUGGUGAGGCGCACCCUGACACCAAGCCCAGCAUCAAGCAGAUCCAGGAAGAUUUCUGGAACACCUACGGCCGAACCUUCUUCACACGUUACGAUUACGAGAACGUCGACUCGGACGGCGCCAACAAGGUCGUAGGUGUGUUGAAGGAUCUCGUCGCCGACCCCAAGUUCGUCGGCAGCAAGAUCGGAGACCACACCGUUACUGAUGCUGGCAACUUCUCCUACACAGACCUCGAUGGAUCUGUCUCCUCCAACCAGGGUCUAUACGCUCGAUUUUCGAGCGGCAGUCGCAUAGUCGUGCGUCUGUCUGGUACCGGCUCCUCGGGUGCUACUAUUCGUCUGUAUAUUGAGCAGUACACUGAUGACAAGUCCAAGUACAGCCUCGACGCACAAGACUUCCUUAAGCCUGAGAUCAAGUUCGCUACCGAGCUUCUGAAGUUUAAGGAGUUUGUUGGACGUGAUGAGCCCGAUGUCAAGACUUAA